CGAGGCGACCUUGAUAUUUGAGCCAAGGUUAUUACGGUCAUUUCUUACCGCCAUCAUUUUCAGUUGUGUUUUUCCACUUGCUUUUCAGCCCCAUUUAGUAGCUUCCGAUUCGGCCAUAAGUUGGUGGUACUAGCCUCUACACAACCCCGCUGAGACCAUGGCGGUUACAGACUUCUUCGCCGGCGAGAUCGCCACCGAACUCCUCAAGCAGCUCAUCGCCAUCUCCCGCAAAUCCGCCGCUUGCCGCUCGAGCGCCGAGCACCUUAUUGAGUACAUCGGGGAACUUCUCCCGAUCAUUCAGGAGAUCAAGCUCACCGGGAACGAGCUCCCGCAACACCGCCAGCGCCAGCUGGACCACUUUUCCGAGACACUUUCUGGCGGCCUCGAGUUGGCGAACAAAGUCCUCAAUUCUCCCCGUUGGAACGUCAUCCGGAAUCUUCGAUUGGCCAAGAAGAUGGAAAAAUUGGAGAAAAACGUCUCUAGAUUCAUGAACUGUCACGUCCAGGCGCACGUUCUUGCUGAUGUGCAUCACGUGAGGGUGGAUAUGGCGGAGAGGUUUGAUCGGCUCGAGUGGCGGCUUGGGGCGAUGAAAAUCGGUGUGGACGGCGAAGGUGGGUGGUUGGGGGCGGCGGUGAAGAGGGUGGAGGAGGAAGAACGGUGGUGCGAGGACAAUUUGGUAAAUUUAGGUGGAAGUGGAUUAGAACUGGGGAAAAUGAAGGUAAAGGAGAUGUUGAUGUUGAAGAAGGAUGGGAAGGAAUCCAGUGUGGUUGGGAUACACGGGAUCGGAGGCAUUGGAAAAACAACGCUCGCUCGAGAAAUUUGCAAAGAUAAUGAAAUUAAGAGUUAUUUCAACAACAAGGUCUUUUUUCUCACGGUUUCCCAAUCACCAAAUGUGGAGCAAUUGAGGUCAAAAAUAUGGGGAAUGGUAUCAGGGAAUACUAUUGUGGGUCAUGGAGACAGGUUUCCUCAAAUAAACCUAGGAUACUGUGUGGAAAGCUCUGCAAGAGCCCUUUUGGUUCUUGAUGAUGUUUGGACACAAUCUGUUCUUGAGCAGCUCCUGCUCAAGAUUCCUGGUUGCAAGAUCUUGGUAGUUUCACGGCUGAAAUUCCCUCCAUCGGUCGUUGAUUGCUCCUAUGAAUUGGAUUUGUUGACUGAGAAUGAGGCAGUGUCCUUGUUCUGCCACUAUGCUUUUGAUCAAACUUCCAUACCUUUUGUUGCUGAUAAGGAAUUGGUUAAGCAGGUAGUGGACGAAUGCAAAAGACUUCCAUUGGCGUUAAAAGUGAUUGGAGCCUCUCUAAAGGGCCAGCCAGAGAUGUUUUGGACAAGUGCCAAGAAUCGUUUGUCUCGAGGACAACUUGUUAGUGAGUCCCAUGAAGUUCAGUUACUCGCUCGCAUGAAAUCGAGCAUUGACUGUCUCUCUGAGACAGAAAGAGAAUGUUUUUUGGAUUUGGGUGCUUUUCCAGAAGACAAACGAAUCCCACUGGACAUACUUAUCAAUAUGUGGGUCGAGCUGCAUGAUAUAGAGGAAGAUGACGCCUUUGCUAUCUUGGUUCAGCUUUCAGACAAGAAUCUCAUUACUUUAGUGAAAGAUCCAAGAGCUGGAGAUAAGUACAGCAGUUACUAUGAGAUUUCAGUUUAUCAGCAUGAUGUGUUGCGAGAUCUCGCCAUGCAUCUGAGCAGUGGUGAUAGUGUAAACCAACGAAGGAGAUUGCUUAUGCCGAGGAGAGAAGGAGGGCUUCCGAAAGAAUGGGAGAGGAAUGUAGAUGAGCCGUUUAAUGCUCGAGUCAUCUCGAUACAUACGGGUAUUAAUACUAUUCAACUUAACACCGAAAAAUAUGAAAUUACAAAGAGUGAAGGCGAAAUGAGUGAAAAAGACUGGCCACAGAUGAACUGCCCGAAAACAGAAGUCCUCGUCCUGAAUUUCUCCUCACCCGAAUACACCCUUCCUCCUUUCCUCCAUAACAUGCCCAGACUUCGCGCCUUAAUCCUCAUCAACUACAGCUCCUCCAAUGCCACACUCCACAAUACCUCUAUUUUCAGCAGCCUAACCAAUCUAAGAAGCCUCUGGUUUGAAAAAAUAUCACUCCCUCUUCUACCCGACACCACCACACCCUUAGAGAAACUAACAAAAGUCUCUCUCAUCCUAUGUGACAUCAGCAAAAGCGUCAACCGUGAAGGACUCGACUUGCCUCUCCUUUUCCCCCGUCUUUCCGAACUCACGUUAGACCACUGCAUAAACCUAAUCGAAGUCCCGUCAAGUGUGUGUCAGAUGAAGACACUCACGAGUUUGAGCGUCACGAAUUGCGAUAGUCUGCGAGAACUGCCGUUGGAUUUGGGAAAACUUGUUUUGUUGCAAAUAUUGAGGCUGUCUGCGUGUCCGAACCUGAAGAGGCUGCCUUCGGGAGUCGGGAGCCUCGUUUGGCUCAAGUAUUUGGAUGUGUCUGAGUGUGUGAAGUUGGGUUGUCUGCCGGAGGAUUUGGGUGGGUGCAAGAGUCUGGAAAAGAUAGAUAUGAGGGAGUGUGUGCAGAUUAGGAGUUUGCCGGAUAGUGUAGGGCUUUUGUCGUGCUUGAGACGUGUGGUUUGUGAUGAGGAGGUUUGUUGGCUUUGGAAGGACGUCGAGAAGGAUUGUCCGGGGCUUUGUCAGGUUCCCCGAGAGUCUUUCACGCUCGACUGGCUGGCUGAAUAAGGGGUUUUCA